AUGGUUGAUCUACUCAAAGCUGCAACUGUACUGAGCUCGCUUUGCCUACGGCUUGUUGCAUACAUAUUUCUCAGAUGGAUCCCUGGUCACCAUUUCCCCCCCUUAGCAUACUCCCUAUUUCUCAUCUACGCCUCAUCCUUUUUCCUCAUCCUGAACCGAUCUCAACGUGACACUGAAAAGCAUGCCGGCAAUGUAAGCCGAAGAAAAACCACUGGUAAAAUCAGGUCGAAUGCUCAGACAAACAAUCCUGCCGCUGCAGUGGUAGGACGGCAUGCUAAUCUUUGGCGAUUGGCUCUAUCCGGCCUUCCCUGUACCAAAUCAAUCACACUUGCCUUGAUAGUAUUCUCAAUCAACCUCGCCCUCUUGCUAGGAGUAACAGAUCUAGUAUAUCGAGCUAGAAUUCUAUAUCCCAACGAAGGCCUCAGCUUCACUAGAUUAGGCUUCAUCUCCUCAACCGAGGCCAAGUUGCUCGUUCGGGAUCCCGACACUUCACACCUUCCGAUAUCUCUUUCGUAUAGACCGGCAAGUGACAUUCACGUGACAUCUGAGACAUCAUGGCAAGUUAUAGGCACAACCAUCACACACUUAGGAAAUGAAACCGACUUUACUGGAGUCAUUCAUUUCCCUCUCUUGGAGCCUCCCGGCCAAAAGCUCGAAUGGAUGACUUCAAACAACCACACAGGAUCCUUCACCAUACCCCCAAAACCAGGCCAGGUCUUAGAAAAUGGGGCCUUUACCUUCUUUGUAUCCAGUUGCAUCAAGGCACGGUUUCCAUACAAUCCAAUGGAUCAUGCCUUGGCUUUUCCUGGCCUAAGGCAUAUGUCACGAGUUCUAAAGUCAUUUUCCAGCGGCCGGUUUAUGCUAUUUCUUGGCGAUUUCAUUUAUAUAGAUGUUCCAAAGCGCUUUGGCAUCUCAGCUGAAGAUUAUCGUCGUGAGUACCGUCAAGUUUAUGCCUCGCCCGACUGGCUAGCUGUCGGCCAAAAUUUAAGUUGGAUACAUGUGCUUGAUGACCAUGAAAUUGCCAACGAUUGGGAUCGUCAUACAUCGGGCGUUUAUAAAGCCGCAAUCGAUCCAUGGAACCACUACCACUCCGCUGUAAACCCUCCUGUAGUAGAGAAGGCCACUAAUGAUGACAUGCUUCGAGAAACUGCUACAUAUUUUGAGUUUACACAGGGACCUGCCUCUUUCUUUUUACUUGAUACCCGCACUUAUCGCAGCCCGUCAAGAGGAUUACAAGCUAAUGAUACCAGAAAGACCAUGCUAGGCCCUCAACAGAUCUCUGAUCUUAAAGCUUUCUUGGAAAAACCAGAGGAAGAAGGGGUAAGGUGGAAAUUCAUCAUUUCAUCUAUUCCAUUCACCAAGAAUUGGCGCGUCAAUAGUCUAGAUACAUGGGCUGGCUAUCUACAUGAGCGUCGUGUUUUACUCGAGGCAAUGUGGGACGUUAAUCUUCGUGGAGGCGUUGGUGUUGUUGUGUUGAGUGGUGAUAGGCAUGAGUUUGCUGCCACAAAGUUUCCUCCGCCAUCGACAGGCAGAUGGCCGGCGAGUGCUGCAGUAUACGAGUAUUCUGUUAGCCCAAUGAGCCAAUUUUAUCUACCUGUGUCGACUUAUAGGCAAACUGAUAAUGAGGACGUUGAGAUCAGAUACAUACCUAAAGGGAAUUCUAAGAUGGGCGUUAUUUCUAUCGAAAAAACAUCUCAUUUACAAAGUUCCCUUCAAUUCAAACUUUUCGUCGAUGGUGAAGAAGUUUGGUCAAACAUUAUCUUUAGCCCACCCACAAAAGAAGACGACCUAAAUCCAAUGUAG